AACCUGAGUUGAAUGAGAUGCAGAGACAGAAUGUCGAGAGCGUUCGUGGUCGUGUGCCCAAUUCGAGAGUCGAGACGAAGCCCGGAGUGUUCGUAAACAGGUUGGCUCCGUUCAUAUGCCUCCUCUUCCGUAACCACCCUCACAUCCAUCAUCCAUGAGCACUUCUCCCCGCAAUCUCGCAGAAGUCAUAUAACGAAUGUUGUACUAUCAACAUCUACCAUUCCGAUGUCAUUCACCUUCCAAUGGCCUCGCUUUUCCGACCAGUUUCACGCCGAUGCAAUCAAAAUGCUCGACGCCGCCCUCAACAAGGGCAACAAGCCCCCAGUCAUAGCGGAUCGGAUUGAGGUGGUCGAGUUAGAGAUGGGUACUCAGCCUCCUGAACUCGAAAUCCGCGACAUUGGAGAGUUGACAAUGGACCAGUUUCGCGGUAUCUUUCGGUUCACGUACGCUGGUGAUGCUCACAUAGUCCUCAGAACGAAAGUUCAGGCAAACCCUCUCAACCACAAACAACCCGACAUUCAUCUCUUAGCAGGCUCCAGAGGCAUGCUGGCUGCCAAGCAGCCGCUCGUAGUACCUAUGCUCCUCCGAUUAUCUCAUUUCAAGCUGAACUCUUACGUCGUCCUGGUCGUCUCGCGACAGAAGGGUAUCACUCUUGUCUUCAAGACCGACCCUCUCCAAAAUGUCGACAUUAACAGUACCUUCGAUUCGAUCGCUGUUAUUCAAAAGUUUAUCCAACGGGAGAUCGAAGGCCAACUUCGCCAAAUGUUCAGAGAGGACCUGCCAAGCAUCAUCCACCGUCUGAGCCAACAAUGGGUCAAAGCCAAAGUCGAAACACCUUACAUCAGCAAACGACCUGUAGUUUCUCGGGCUCAGAGUAUUGCCUCUGCACCCGGCAUGUCGAUGCGAAUGCCUCCUACGGGCAUGCCUAUACCUCCUCAAUUCCGCCGAAGUCAGACCGUCGCAUCUGUACAGGGUCAUCCCUCUCGUCCGCGGUCUGGUUCAGUUAUGUCCGUAUCUAGCGUUGGCCGGAGACCAUCUUCAACUGUAUCUUCACCCGCGCCACAAGAUUCAUCUCAUGCCAGUCCAGAAGGUCCCACAUCUUUUCCUCAUUUGGAGCAUUUCGAUCCAACCUAUGGUUUGAGACCGGAACGAAUACCAACGAAGAGCGUCUUCAGCAACUUCCGUAGUUUGUUCGCACCGAAUAAGGGUCUUGCAGAUCUUGCGGAAGAGUCGAGUGAUAUUGACGAGGAUGAGGUCGGGUCAUUCACAAACUGGGAGGACAUGCUCUCAGAGUAUUCUGCGAUGCCUCCUUCAGUAUCCGAAUUGGGCGACGUGACUGAAUAUGAAUCUGCACCUGCAGUCGGCGGUGGUACGAUUACUCGCCCAAGGGUCAUACAUGCAGAAUCUCAAAUCGACGUCGGCGAAGGCUCACGACCACCCUCCGCAGGCCCGUCGCGAAGACCAAUGUCAAACCUAUCACGUUCACUUACUACUUUACCAGGCGCGACACCCGUUUUGACACAGUCACCAGGGAUUAUGCCGUCGCAUGAGCCUGGACCUUCACGAGGCCGUCAACAUAAUCCCUACUUCGCGGGCACUCGGACUUUCUAUGAACGCUCUGCUACAGAAUAUGAUGAAGAAAUUGACGAUUAUCCAAGACAUCCGUCAGGAUAUCCGAUACCCCCUGUACCUCCCCUUGAUCACCCUUCUCGCCGAGCAGAAAGUCCAGCAAGUGUUCGCACCCAACCCUCCCGUUCUACCGACAAUCCACAGUCCGUCUCGACACCUCCACAACUCGACUCCGAUGACGACGCGGGUAUUCGAGUUUCCCGCUCUCGUAGACAAUCAUUCUCCACUUUCAACACUCUGGAUAAAUUCUACACCGGUUCACCGCCCGAGUCCUACACAUCCGAACACGAUCCCAAAAUAGUUCUCAAAGCCGCCGUGAACAACUCCGUCUCACGAUUAAGCACCCUCAUUCACUCUAAUCACACCUUAUCGCCAUACACUCGGACUCUGGAACAUUUCACCGUACGCAGCGUUCCCCCGCGCGAGGCAACUUCUUCUGGAUCUGGCAGUGCUGUUGAUCGUCAGCCUGUCAAGGCAAAGCGGAAACGAAUAUACCGGCUUGGUGGGAAACAGAAAAAGCCUCCGGAAGAGGAGGCAGGUUCGAAGAGGGAUAAUCAAACCAGUGAACCUCAUUCGCCUGCACCACCUUCCUCUGAGUUCGACGCUUCCGACAUGGAUCGUUAUUUCCCUUCACGCGACGAGAUCGUUCCUCACUUUCCAGAAUUGCAUCCUUCUCAUGUUCGUAGACGAUCUUCCCAUUGGUCAUGAUUAUUUUCAGUUUUUGUUUUCGUUUUCUAGCAUUUCAUUUUCACUCACUCGCGUUUCCCUCCCACUUCACGACCAAUCACUAGCUAGUAUUCAAACAACCCCAUAGAUAUCCCGACAAAAGGAGAGAACCCUACAAUAUACAUAUUAUGUACACACAUUCUCUUGUUGCAUCUACAGCUACAUUUCUCUAGCAUUUCGCUAUCAUACAGUUGUCCAUGCUAUGUAUUGCUACAUCAUCAUCUCUUAUAAUUGUACACUUACCUUUCCCUCACGAAAAUAACGUC